UUGUUGACGUUUGGGACUGGAUAAUUUGGGAUAAAGGUUUAAUAGAAAAGAACCGUAUAAAAGAAGUGAGCAGCAGCUUUCUGUAGCAUUUCACAAGAAUCAGAUAAACUGUUGUUGUAUCAGCAUCGGGCAUUGAAAAUUUCCAAAAGCUCCCAAGUGUCUUUCAGUGUUGAAAUUGUGUUUAAAGAUGCCCCGUCCUUUGUUUCAAAGAAAUGGUUGCUGGGACCCUCUUCAGGAAAAGACACAAAACCUUUUCAACCAAAACACCGAUCUCCCCUGUUUCCUCGAACCAGAUGAGGUUAGUUGGAUAGAAUCGGCAAGGAAAAGACUGGGGAUUUCAACCUGGCCAGGAUCUAUGCGUUUACCUCUCUUCAGCUCUUUGUGCAUGGAGAUUCCACCUAAAUCAUAUAUUGGAUCAGAAGGACGGGUUUCUGAAUCUGUGUGUGAAAAAAUGAAAGGACAGCGAAACUGGAAAGUCUGUCUUGAUGUCAGUCCGUUUUCUCCAGGGGAGAUAAACAUCAAAACCAAGGAGGGAUAUUUGGAGAUAAAAGGUAAUCACGAGGAAAGGCAGGAAAAUCACAGGUUGAUCUCAAGAAGCUUUACAAGAAAAUACAAGCUUCCAGCUGACUUAGACCUGAAACAGAUCAACUCCAUGCUGUCUCCAGAUGGUAUACUCUCAGUUGAGGCCCCAUUACCUGGCUCUAAUAUCAGUCUCCCUGGAGAGAUUAUCAUCCCUAUUCACAUGAUGGACAAACAGUUACCUGCAAAAUCAGAUGAGCUGUGCCUAACUGGUAACAAGUAACUUACAGUUCUAGUUAAGGGUUAGGCAUGGCCCAUCUGAUUUAAUGUUUAUGUUGAAAGUAAUGAAUGUGUUAACCUUUUGCUUUUGAUAGCUAACAUUAGAAAAGUUUAUAAAUACUGGCUUUGCGUGAAAAUAUUUAUCUUGUAAUGAAUUAUUACCAAACAUGACUAAAGAUAGUAAUACGCUAAAUUGAUGAGUUCUGCUGUUACUUUGGUUUAAAUACCAUUAUGAAAUACACAAUUUGUGCUGUAUAAGAACUCUGUAUAAGAUAAUCACUCCUAAAUGUAACUAGUUAGUACUUAAGAGGGAUUGGAUUUUACAGUAAACUCUUUCUCGGGGCUAGAAAGAAAGAAAGAAAAAAAAUGGUUUCAUAC